UGGAGGAGCGGAGACACGAACCCGGUUCCCCAGAUUACAAGUCUACCACUCUUAACCACUACACCACACUGGCUUUCCGCAUAGGGUUUUAUUUUACAACAUCACUUUGUAAAAUACUUUGCAUAUGAGCAAAGCCAGGCUUAUUGCUAGACAAGUCUUGGUGGUUGCCUAGAGCAGUCCUUUUGCUGCAUCAGCAGGAGGAGAGGAGGGAAUAGCUUCUACUGUUGAGGAAUAGUAGAGAGGAAGGAAACAGCCAAGGGGCGAGAGGAGGAGAUACAGUUAAAGGCAGCAUGAGAAAAAGCAUAUUGGAAAAUAGUAUGUCUGCUGCUUGUUGAAUAGUGGGGAUGGACAGACAUCCUUUGGCAGGGCAUUCCCGUGUCUUGUGGCACCAUUGCCCCAAAGGCCUUGUGUAACAUGCUCACCUGCAGUACUUCAAAUAACCAUGGUACAUAGAGCAGGGCACCUAUAGACAGUCUGGACUUUUGGACAGACUUGUACAGGUAGAUGCAGUUCUUAAGAUACUCUGAUCCUGGGCCAUAAGGCAGGAGCAGAGGAUCCUCCCCCCCCCCCACCUGGCAGGAGCCAUGUUUACUUGUGGGCAGACUUCCAGUGUCUGCAUUCCGGUGGUGGGCAAGGUUAGAGGGGAAAGUAGGCAUGGCCAAAGGCAAAUGUGGGCAGGGCAGAUGAUAUACCAUAGCUUGAAAAAGGUAAGAAUCUCAUUUGGGAAAGUCAGAGGCUUCUAGCCCUGUACAUGUUCACUUCCUGAUCAAGGGUGCUGGGGCAGAGGCGGAGCUAGCUGCUCUGGCACCCGCACCCAUGCAGCAAGCAUGCCCAUGCAGCAAGCGUCCCUGGUGGAGGCGGCACUGCAAUGUCAACCCCCCUCAUGGAUGACACCCCCUUCCUCCGCCACUGUCCUGGGGCUGUGUAAAACAACUGUGACACCAAGGAACUGUGCUUUAACCUCACUGCAGAUUCUUGUUUUGGUCAUUUUCUAUAGUGAACAGAGUUUCUUUAAUUGCUUUACUCAACAGCCUUAAACAGCUACCAAGAGAGUUUUUGAAACUGACUUUAUCCCUAGCAAUAUUUUUUUUGCCUGUUAACAUCUGCGUAGAGUGAGGCAAGAUCAUGAUGUCGACAUUUCUGCAAAGUGUCUGGUACACCAGUCUGAAGAUACCGCUUGCUUAAGCUGUCUGGGUUUGUUUUACAAAACAUAGAUCCUGGCAUCAUGCCUCUUGGUCUUUUAUGAUAGCUGUAAUCUGGGAUACUCAGAAAUCUGUCUCUCUCCCCCCCCCCUUUUUUUUUUUUUAAUCAUGCCCAUGUGAGGAAGAUAGGCCAAGACUAGCAGAUACCUUCGAGUGGAGAUUCUAUUUCAUUCCUUUGUUUCUCUUGUCACCUUGGUAAAGUCUGCUCCCUUCAAGUACAAUAGAAGCGAGAAAUAUUUUCUUUUAUUUUCAAGCCUUUAUUCUCUCUUCUGGAGUUGUGGGAAAAUAAGAGGAUUCCAUCAGCUCAUGCUCAUUUGUUUAGCCCUGCCAUAUGUGAUUCAUCCAGAAAAUUAAACCCAAGGAGAACAAUAAGAAGUAGAUUGAAGAUGUUAAGAACCCUACAGCUUUUGGAGCCGCAGUUCGGGUGUUUGUGAAGGGGGCUGUUCAUGAAACAGCUUUAAGAUCAUAGAUCCUCUUGCCUUAGAGCGCAGGACAGUCAUUGGUCAAGAACAUGGAACAGAAUGAAGAUCAGAAAAUGAAUCCUGAAAGAACUUGGGAGAAUUUCAACAAUUUGGUGAUGGAUUUACAAGUGGUUGGCACACCAGAUGCUCUCCCCCAAGUUCAUAAAAGAAUCUGUAUUGAUGAGUUUGACUGUCCUCCCAGUAAGCACUGCGAACACAACCUUUUCCCUAAAUGGCAUUUGCCGGUGAAGACAGCAUUGGUACUGUCCUUGUUAACCUUUAUCUACACUUUCCUAAGGGACGUCAUCCAUCCCCUUGUAACUAAUCAAGGAAAUGCAUUUUAUAAAAUCCCAAUCCUGGUCAUAAACAAAGUCUUACCAGUGGUUUCGAUUACCCUGCUGGCUCUGGUUUAUUUACCAGGAGUACUGGCUGCAGGUUUCCAGUUCCACUAUGGAACCAAGUAUAGACGUUUUCCACAAUGGUUGGACAGAUGGAUGCUAUCGAGGAAACAGUUUGGACUUCUUAGCUUCUUCUUUGCAUCGUUACAUGCCUGCUAUAGCUUGUGCUAUCCAAUGAGGAGAUCCUACAGAUACAAACUCUUGAACUGGGCAUAUCAACAGGUGAAGCAGAAAAAGGAAGAUGCCUGGAUUGAACACGAUGUCUGGAGAAUGGAGAUUUAUGUGUCUCUAGGAAUUUUGGGGCUUGCUCUGCUGGCUGUAUUGGCAGUAACGUCAAUUCCAUCUGUCAGCCACUCGCUGACCUGGAGAGAGUUUCAUUAUAUCCAGAGCAAGAUGGGACAUUUAGCUUUGCUGCUGUGCACCAUUCAUGCAUUAGUGUUUGCAUGGAAUAAGUGGAUUGACAUAGGCCAGUUUAUAUGGUAUACUCCCCCUACUUUUAUGAUGGCAGUCAUUCUUCCAAUUGUGGUUCUGACUUGUAAAGGUAUCCUGCUUUUGCCAUGCCUUAGGAAGAGACUAGAGAAGAUCAGAUCUGGCUAUGAUGCUAAUGCUCUGGCAAGUAGGACAGAGAUAACUUCCAGACUGUAGAUUUUAAAUGUGCAUGUACUUUGCUGGCAAUAUUCAGGUGUUUUUUUUUAAUUAAAAAAAAGACCAUAAGGAAACGGUCAUCUUUAUUUUUACAUAGAGUAAUCUGCACUGAGUUCAGUGAGGCUUACUUCUGGGUUGCAUCGGUUAAAA